CCAUAUUCCACAAUGUCGAGCUUCAAGGCGUCGACGUCCUCGGCACCCGUCGCGCACAACGCGCUCCCACCCCCCUCAACCGCGUCGGCCUCCCGCUCGUCGCGCAUAGCGCCCCAUUCGCACAUCAAAGGGCUCGGCCUCACCUCAGAAGGCUACGCGAGCGCGGACGGCGCAGGGUUCGUCGGACAGUCGAAUGCGCGCGAGGCGUGCGGCGUCGUCGUCGACCUCAUCAAGUCGCGCAAGUUCUCGGGGCGCGCGCUGCUCCUCGUCGGCGCGCCCGGCACCGGCAAGACGGCCCUCGCGCUCGCCAUCUCGCAGGAGCUGGGCGCGAAGGUGCCCUUCUGCCCCAUGGUCGGCUCCGAGGUGUACAGCACGGAGGUGAAAAAGACCGAGGUCCUUGCGGAGGCGUUCCGGCGGGCAAUAGGUCUGCGCAUAAAGGAGACGAAGGAGGUGUACGAGGGCGAGGUCACUGAACUCACGCCCACGGAGUCCGAGAACCCACUGAGCGGGUACGGAAAGACCGUCUCUCAUGUCAUUGUUGGGCUCAAGACAGUCAAGGGCACCAAGCAGCUGCGCUUGGACCCUAGUAUUUACGAAGCGAUUCUCAAGGAAAAAAUCGUUGUUGGAGAUGUCAUCUACGUCGAGGCCAACACGGGCGCAGUCAAGCGCGUCGGUCGGUCAGAUGCUUACGCAUCAUCGUACGACCUGGAAUCGGAGACAUACGUGCCACUGCCCAAGGGCGAUGUGCACAAGCGUAAGGAGCUCGUGCAAGACGUUACGCUCGGCGACCUGGACGCUGCAAACGCCCGACCACAAGGCGGACAGGACAUCAUGAGCGUCAUGGGCAGCCUUGUGAAGAGCGGCCGCACCGAAGUGACAGAGAAGCUGCGAAGGGAAGUAAACAAAGUCGUGAAGGGCUAUGUUGAUCAGGGAGUCGCGGAGGUUGUUCCUGGUGUGGUUUUCAUCGACGAGGUGCACAUGCUCGACAUUGAAUGCUUCACAUAUCUCAAUGCGCUUCUCGAGUCUCCCAUGGCGCCCACCGUGAUUCUCGCGACCAACCGUGGCAACGCCCUUGUUCGUGGAACAACUGACAUUGUGGCCCCUCAUGGAAUCCCUGUUGAUCUCCUCGAUCGAUGCCUCAUUGUGAAGACCGAUGGCUAUUCACAUGAUGAGGUUGCCAAGGUUGUGCAGCUGCGCGCGGACGUCGAAGGAUUGCAGCUAGGAUCCGGCGUCCUCGACAGAUUAGCAAAACGAGGCGAAACGAGCUCACUUCGGUAUGCACUGCAGCUGCUCACUCCCGCGUCCAUCCUUGCUACUCUCGCGGGGCGCAAGCAGAUCGAGCAGGAAGACAUCAACGAGAUGGGCGAGCUGUUCUUGGACGCAAAAACAAGCGCGAUGGCGAUCGGGACGGAUGGGGGCUUCCUGGCGGUAUAGUGGGGUAGUGAGCGAACACUGUGGAGAGCAUGAGCUUAGGGGGUGUGCGCAGAUGGGAGGAGCGCGCGAACAAAAUGUCGACGGACCUUGCGAAUAUUGGCGCACGGUCUGUGUCGCUUGUACUGAUUUUGUUUGUUACAUUAGAUCCACGAUGUUGUCAACGUGACUGAAUUCUGCCUGUGUUCAAUUCA